CAUAUUACCAAAGAGACAUGUCUACAAACAUUUGACACAUUUUUUAAUUUAUGAAACAUGAAAUUACUUUCGAAAUAAACACCAAAAUUUUCGAAAUGAGUGUCAGGAGCGCGAUGUCCCUUCGGCGGUUGUGUCCACAGCUGGGAGCCCUUCGCCGGAACAGUAUGCAGACCCUAAAAUAUGACCACAGUUCGGGGACCUUGGAGGAUGAACAGUGAAGCAGAUGAUACAGGACCAGCUAGGAGUUGAGCCGGGCUAUCACACUGUUCCAAAGUGUAGAGAGGGCCUUUUGAAGUAUCACCCGAAGCCGGAAGAAUUGCCCGAACGCUCCAUGAAGGAUUCUUUCACAUCAGCCACUCUACUCCUGGGAUCAGAUCCGCUAGUUCGCGAACGCUUCGUUCAGGUUACGGGAUAUGUGAGAAUAGGCAGGAUAAUGGAGGAACUGGACGUAUUUGCUGUCUGGAUCUGUCAUCGUCAUAUCCAUUUGCCCAAUUUGCCGAAGGGUAUUCCUCUUCCGUAUACGUUCCUGACCCUUUUGGUGGAUCAGGCCAAGUUCCUACAAUCUCAAUUCGACACAAAUGUGGAUGUGGAUCUUUCAGGGCAUGUUUCCUAUACUGGUCGCAGCUCCAUCGAGAUUACCAUGUAUGUGCGGCAAAGUGGGAAGCUCUUAUCGAAGGCUAUUUUCGUAAUGGUGGCCCGCAACGCUGUGAACAGUGCUCCGGCUCCAAUCAAUAAACUGGUGCCCGGAAACGAGCAGGAGGAGCGCAUCCACAAGGAGGCCUUAGAACGGCACAACAAGCGUCAGAAGAUCCGGGCACAACCAGAGUCGAAGGUGCCGCCAUCCGAAGAGGAGGUUAAAAUCCUGUAUAAUAUUUUUCAGCGCACGAGGAGCAGCAAGGGAGAUUUGGAGGCACCAGAGCUCCCGGAGGACUGUCGCUGGAUGUCGGAUACGCGGCGGGAUUGCACGAUUCAUCCGUUUCCUGAGAACAGAAACAACUCGAACACCAUCGGUGGCGGCUUCACCAUUCGCCGGGCCUUGGAGACUAGUUUCAUUGCGGCCAGUCUCUUCUGCGGCGCACCCGCCAUGGUUAGCUUCUUAUCGGACGUCACGUUCGAACGCCCGAUUCGCGUCAACAGCUUUAUAACGAUGUCUGCUUAUGUGGUCUAUACCCACGAAAACUAUCUCCAAACGAUGGUCACGGUGACGGCCAUCGAUGCCGAGACCGGCACCAGAAUUCACUGCAACGCCCUGUACCUCACCUAUGUCUGUGCCAACAAAAUGAAAGAGGUGAUGCCCAAGAGCUACCACGAGGGCUUGUGGAACCUAAGAGGGCGGCGUCAAUUUCGGCGCUUUAUUAAAUCAGCGAAACUGGAAGAUUACGACAAGGAUAGCCCGUCCUCAGAUGACACAAAACCUGAUACGAAACCGUGUAAAUGUGGUGAUGGGAAGAAAUAAAAUUUUGGAUGAAUUGGAGUCGUGGAUAGUCCUAGGGAGGUGAAGUCGAUAGGGUAUAUUCAUAUACUAGACACUUUUAUUCGACCGAAAGAAAAAAACAAUUAGGAAUAAAUUGUAACACCACUAUCUGUACACUUAUUGGACAUACACGAAACAAUGUAUGAUUGGAA